AUGUCCGGACUUAGAAACAAAUAUAUACCAAAGCCAUUUACGGAUCAACUUUGAAGAUGCAAAUGUUUCACUCCGCAGAAAAGAGCACAAAGAGUUUCAACUGAAAAAUGUAAAUAUUUAAACACAGAAGCAUAUGAGAAAAAGAAAAGGAAAUUAUGAGAAUGGACUCGUUUAUUCCCGGCCAACCGCACGACGGAGGCAAGUCUCCAUCGUCUUCUUCCCUCCUAUAUAACCCCUCCUGCCCCGCCACCUACUGGAAGCCAGCUCUUCCUCUGCCCACCCAACAACACCAGAGCAGCAGCUCAGCUCCCAACUGUCGUCGAUGGCGAAAUGCAGCAAGAUCCACAACAUCGUCUUGCUCCGGCAGACCCUGCGGCGGUGGCGGUCCCGUGCCGCCGCGCGCUCUGCUGCGUGUGACGGCGCGGUGUCGGUGCCGGCGGGGCACGUGGCGGUGUGCGUGGGCAGCGCGUCGCGGCGGUUCGUGGUGCGCGCGGCGCACCUGAACCACCCCGUGUUCCGGGAGCUGCUCCGGCAGGCCGAGGAGGAGUACGGGUUCCCGUCCGGCGCGUGCGGCCCCAUCGCGCUCCCCUGCGACGAGGACCGCUUCCGGGACGUCCUCCGCCGCGUGUCCACCGAGGAGCGCCGCGGCGUGCCGGCCGUCAGCAGCCGCGACGUGGCGACGCGGCCGUUGCUGCAGAGGGUGGCGGCGGAGGAGCUCGUGUGGUGAUCGAUCGUUGGGGUCCUUGGGGAACCAACACGCAUGGGCCACUAGCUCUGUUCUCAGGCAAGCUAGUCCCGGCGAUCGAUUUGACUCCUGUGGCGACGGCGGCGGCAGCGGUGGCAGAGGCAACUGGUCUUCCGGACCGGUCGAGGAAAUGGCGAAAUCAUGUCGCGCCGGGGAAGACUCCGCCCGCCCGCCCGCCCGGUGCGCUGCCCAGUGUAGCGGCCAGCGGCGCACCAAAACACGAAUCGUUGACGGUGCCGCGCGUGAGCAACCGAGGCAGUGUACGAGUUGACAACUUGACUGUAGUUAGAAGAAAUUUGUAGUGGUUCAACAUGAAGAUGCCGAUUUGGGGGAUUGUCCUAAUUAAUCGGUACCAUUCCUUGCCUGUAAUGAUAGAGAAGUGCUCCAUGUUGCACAUUCA